UCUCUCUGUCUCUUCCUUCCCUUUCCCAUUGUUGUUUUUACAUUGUUUUCUUCAUGGCGGAUCCGAAUCCAUUGUUGCCAGCUUCAACUCUUGCCGACCCCACUUCUGAACAACGUUCGUUGAGCCGCCGCAACCCCACCAAGGUGCUCCUCGUCGCCUUUUGUGGGUUGUUGAUGGUCGGUUUUUUUGUUGCAUUAGUUAACGACCAGGGAUCAUUACGUAAUGCCCAUUUAAAAUAUAAAAGUAAUGAUGAUCAUAAGUCAUCAUUCCAACGCGGAAUAGUACGGCCAUUGGCUCGUGGGGUGUCGGCCGGCGUCUCCGAUAAGUCGAAUCGGCGGCUCGGUUCCAAUGCCCGGUCUUUCCCAUGGAAUAACACCAUGUUGUCAUGGCAAAGAACGGCCUUCCAUUUUCAGCCUGAAAAGAAUUGGAUGAACGAUCCUAAUGGUCCAGUGUUGUACAAGGGAUGGUAUCACUUGUUUUACCAGUACAACCCAAAAGCUGCAGUGUGGGGUGACAUUAUUUGGGGUCAUGCUGUAUCAAGGGACAUGGUCCAUUGGCUUCAUCUCCCUGAGGCCAUGGUUGCUGAUCAAUGGUAUGAUAUCAACGGUGUCUGGACUGGCUCAGCCACAAUCCUUCCUGACGGUAAACUUAUUAUGCUCUACACUGGAUCCACCAAUGAGUCAGUCCAGGUUCAAAAUCUUGCAUAUCCUGCUGACCCAUCUGAUCCUUUCCUCACCAAUUGGGUAAAAUACCCCGGAAACCCGGUUCUAGUCCCCCCACCAGGGAUUGGUCCCAAGGAUUUCCGAGAUCCAACGACAGCUUGGUACACUUCUGAAGGGAAGUGGCGUCUUACUAUUGGCUCCAAAAUAAAUAAAACUGGCAUAUCUUUGGUAUAUGAAACUGAAGAUUUCAUUAAUUAUAAGAUGUUGGAUAAAGAAUUACAUGGUGUCUCAGGAACAGGGAUGUGGGAAUGUGUAGAUUUUUAUCCUGUGUCAACAACAAUAGAAAAUGGGUUGGACACAUCAGUUAAUGGCCCUGGAGUGAAACAUGUUAUGAAGACAAGCCUGGAUGAUGAUAGACAUGACUACUAUGCACUUGGUACUUAUUAUGAGAAGAAUGGUACAUGGAUUCCAGACAAUCCCAAGAUUGAUGUUGGCAUCGGAAUUAGAUACGAUUAUGGUAUUUUCUAUGCGUCCAAGACCUUUUAUGAUCAGCACAAUGGGAGGAGAGUUUUGUGGGGUUGGAUUGGGGAAUCUGAUAGUGAAAUUGCUGAUGUCAAGAAAGGAUGGGCAUCACUUCAGGGCAUUCCAAGGACAGUGGUAUUUGACCAGAAAACUGGUAGCAAUCUACUCCAAUGGCCAGUGAAGGAGGUGAAUAGUUUGAGAUUGACCAGCAGGGAAUUUGACAAUGUGGAGCUCAAGCCAGGUUCAGUGGUACCACUUGAAGUUGGGCCAGCGACUCAGUUGGAUAUCGUAGCUGAAUUUGAGUUAGAGAUGGAGGCUUUGAACAGAACAUCUGCAUCGAAAGUAGAGUUCAGCUGCAGCAGCAGUGGGGGUGCUGCUGAACGCGGCGCAUUAGGACCCUUUGGCCUUGUAGUUCUGGCCGAUGAGCACCUCACUGAGCAGACUCCUGUAUAUUUCUAUGUUGCGAAAGAGAAAGAUGGAAAUCUCAAAAGUUUCUUCUGCAGCGAUCAAUCAAGGUCUUCUGAGGCAAGUGAUGUUAACAAACACAUCUAUGGGAGCUUCGUUCCAGUACUAAAAGGAGAAAAAUUGUCAGUGAGAGUAUUGGUGGAUCAUUCAAUAGUAGAAGGGUUUGCUCAAGGUGGAAGAACAUGUAUAACAUCAAGAGUAUAUCCAACAAAGGCAAUAUAUGGAGAUGCAAGGGUGUUUUUGUUCAACAAUGCAACUGAGACAAGUGUUACUAGCUCACUCAAGAUUUGGCAAAUGAAUUCUGCAUUCAUCCGCCCUUUCUCCAAGGCCGAUUACCACAUUUAAACAUUCCUAUUUUCAAUUUCAUUUUUGUAUCCAACCAGUCAGUUGUCCUUUUUAAGUUGUAGAAAUUCAAUUCAAAACCGCAUUUCUUCUUUUAUUGAUUUAUAUAUUUGUUUA